UGCUUCUUAUUGAUGCUGCAUAUAAUUUCAACAGAAUGAUGAGACUUCUCCGCCAGAAAUCCAGCGUCACUAGUUCCAACUGCUACCAAAAGCCAGAACAUCAACUUUACCUUCCCGGAGAUGUCAGCUAUGGAGUGCACACUCAGUUUGAACCAGAAGGCAGAACCGCUUUGCGAUUAACUAACUUUCUCUCUAUGUACCUACAAAACGCACAACCGGAGAAAAAUCAUGGCAUCCUGAAAGGUGGUGGCUUUUUGCAAGAAGAUCAUUUAUUCGGAGAAGUUCUUGCCAAUGUCAUGGGAAACUUUCGGAUUGUAUCGGCCGGAGUCUUCUUUGACAGAAACAAGUUCGGCAAGCCUGGAGGGGCUACCAGGGAACUGUUUGGUCCUUGGGCAUUCCGAAAGAACAAUGCUUUUUACGUGAUGGACACGGCCGGACAGUCUUCGCAAUAUGUUGACAAGGAGUGGUUUCUGAAGGCGAAGUCCAGGUUCCAAACCAAUGUUGCUGGGCUGACCUUAUACAAGAUCAAAGCCCAUGUUAGGUCAAAUCCAGCUGGUGAAAGUUCCGUCAAAUUUGGCUUCUACCCCAUCACUUACCGAGCCUGUACCUACGCUCAAGGGUACUGGACACGUCCCUACUUCCGGUGUGACGGAAACGUGAAUGCCUGGGUGAUGACGUACGUUAGUCCCUUUUUUGGUCUGGAUGCUCUGCGGACGAAGCUUGAGUUCAGAGGAGUGGCAACUGUGGAUGUACCAUUAGAUCUUCUACAGAUCAACCAGUGUCCCCAGUCUUUUACUGUGGCCAAUGCCUUUAAGAAUACAGCCCGAUGCGAUUAUUUAUCCACUACGUGCUCCCCGAUAGCCGGCUUUCCUUUUUCUCGUGGUGCCUACAUGUGUUCGUGCAGACUUGGGUUUGAAUACUGGCAUGUCGACGGCAAGGAAUGGUUCGAGGGAUCUUUCGUAGAGCUGGAGUAUGAGAAGAAAAGGGCAGGGAUAUUCAGCAGAUUUGAUCACCUCAACUGUCGACCAUCUUCUGCUGCCAUGGAAACACCUGCUUGGCUUGUACUGAACCUCGGUCUACUACUGCACAGUCUACUACUUUCGUUAUAA